UAACUCAAUAGAAGUAUACAAAUAUUAAUUCAAAAAUAAAUCAAUUUCGACGGCAUCACAAAUGCUGACUAUAUUAUGAUAUCGUUACGCACAUCCAUCCCGUUUCAUUUUUUUUCUCUCUCUCUCCGAAAUUAUUUCUCUCUCCUCCAUUUUCGAGCUUUGCUCGAAAACCAUCUAGUAUUUCUUUUACCUACCAGUUUGAAGAAGACGAAAGAAACAAAAAGGAUCAAUUUCAAUUUCAAAAAGAAUUCAAAUCGUCGAUCGGAGAGCUCUAAUUUAGUUUAACAAUUUCUUAAGUAUCCGAAUACCGAAGUCCUAACCCUACUGAUACUGUUUAACAAAUCCUUUGCCCCGCAAGGAAAAUUGGGUCUUUUGAAUUUUGUUGGUAUUGGGUUGAGGAGAAAGAGUAUUAAGUGUUUGAUAAAAGUCCUCCAUCAACUAAAUUACCAUGGCAUAUCCUCACCCAUUUUUAACAUUUGCAAAAGCUGGAGCUACAAUUGUUGGUGGACUAUUUGCACUUUCUCUUGUGUCCUCAACUACCGUCAAGGUGAUUCAGUUAGUCACCGAAUCCAAAAGAAAAAGCUUGGUGAAACCGUGCGAAGCUUGUAAAGGAAAAGGAUUCUAUAUUUGCAAACUUUGCAAUGGAAAUUCCACCAUUAAAUGGUCUCCUCUGUAUGAUCCUAUUCAUAUCAACCCUUGUAAAUGCCCUACUUGUGAAGGUCAUUGCAUACAACGGUGUCUGAACUGUGUGGGUAAAGGGUACUACUGGUGAGUGAUCCAAGUGAAGAUGUGCUUGCUCUAAUCUUAAAUGUAAAUGGUAUCAUCUUCCAUUUUUCUCUGAGUCUCAACCAUUUCAAUUUUCUUUCCUUUUUAGGACUAGAAUCCUUGUAUGUAAAUAAUAUAUCUUUGCUGGAGAGGACUAUCCAAUAUCAUGUUCUUUGGGUUGUUAA